CCAGAAAACUCGUACCUGAAAACACACACGUUAAUUCAAUCCACCAAUCAAAAGAGACGGCGAAAAGUUGUAAAUAGAAAUUUGCCUCAAGUUAUAUGCGCCCCUUCUCCAAGUCGGAUCCAAGACAGGCAAAACUUUUUUUUUUUCAUGCGAUGAUACUCAAAUGAACAGGAGAACGUUUUACUUUAUACUUUUUUUUUCUUCCAACUUAUAAGCAUAGCGAACAGAGCAGCACAACACAGCUCAAAAGCGAAUAUGGGAGUGUCAUUACUUGCUUACGUGGUCACCUUUUUCAUCUUUAUUUGCAACUAUACAUUAACCAUUUGUUCCAUUGUAUUCCCCAGAUGGCUUACAUUUGUGACUCCAGUGCCUUUUUAUAUGGAGACACACUAUGGUCUAUUUAAACUUUGCAGAAGUAUCACAAGAGAAUGCCGAGUGUUUCCUUCCUACGAUCAUGGUGAUUGUCAAGAAGAGGGCUUUUGUGAGUUAUGGCGAGCAGCAGGUGCUAGUAUGAUUUUAUCAGCGAUCCUUGGAGGACUUGCGUUAUUUGCGCUGUUGGCUACGAUGUGCAGCAAUCGUCGUAAACGAUCCAAGGCGUGGGCACCGAUUUCGUUCCUGUUGGUUUUGUAUGCUUUACCUCAAAUCUUUUCCAUGAGUGUGAUGGCCUAUCUCUACAAUUCGAGCUCGACCUUUUAUAUCGGCACUAAAUACAAUGUGUCGUUUGUAUUGUGCAUCAUCAGUUGGAUAGUCAGUAUCCUUUUGUCUGUUAUUUUAUCUCUCGUAGCCGUUUUAGGUCCGCCCGACUACAGUUAUCAACCGUUAUAAAUGAACAGCGCUUUUUUUUUUUUUUUUCGGGGUUCCUUUUUUUAAUUAAACCAAGAUGUGUCACAAUGAAAGUACGUGUAUUACAGUGUAUGUGUGUGUGUUAUUAGAAUGAAUAAAGAAAAUAAAUAGAAAUGGAGAGAAACAAAAAAGGAGGUAGGGAGAGGUAUAUGGGAUAAAAAGAAAAAAAAAAAAAACCAAGGAGAGACGCGCGCGACAUGCUUC